GGGGCGCCGGAAGUGGCGCCAUCAGCCGGGGCCCCGCGGGGAAGGAGCCGGCGCCGGGAGUUGACGCGCGGCCGGGCCCGGGAGCGGGGCGAGCUCGAGCCUCCGCCGCGAUGGGGGGCGGAGACCUGAAUCUGAAGAAGAGCUGGCAUCCCCAGACUCUGCGCAAUGUGGAGAAGGUGUGGAAGGCAGAGCAGAAACAUGAAGCUGAGCGGAAGAAGAUUGAGGAGCUGCAGCGGGAGCUGCGGGAGGAGCGAGCCCGGGAGGAAAUGCAGCGCUAUGCGGAGGAUGUGGGAGCAGUCAAGAAAAAAGAAGAGAAGUUGGACUGGAUGUACCAGGGUCCCGGGGGUAUGGUGAACAGAGAAGAGUAUCUGAUGGGCCGCCCUGUGGACAAAUACGUCUUUGAGAAGAUGGAAGACAAAGAGGCAGGUUGUUCCACUGAAACAGGACUUCUCCCAGGCUCCAUUUUUGCCCCCACAGGUGCCAAUUCUGUCCUAGACAUGGCAAGCAAAAUCCGGGAGGAUCCACUUUUCAUGAUAAGGAAAAGAGAGGAAGAGAAAAAAAGAGAAGUUUUGAAUAAUCCUGUAAAAAUGAAGAAAAUCAAAGAACUGUUGCAGAGCAGCUUGGAAAGAAAGGAAAAGAAGAAGAAGAAGGAGAAGAAAAAGAAGCACAAGAAACGCAGACAUCAAAGUUCUAGUAGCGAAAGCAUCAGCAGCGAUGAUGAGCAGAGCCGAGCGAGAUCCAAGAAGAUGGAUAGUUCUUGGGAACCUUUUCAUCCCAAAGUCCCAGGGUAUGGCUUACAGAGUAGAGACCCUGACCACAAUCACAGGCCUCGGCGCUCUCCAGCUGCUGGCCAGGAAAGAGCCACUCACAAACACCGAGACCGCGCUAGGUCAAGGAGCCAGUCUGGGUCUCCUAAGAGAGGCACUGGCAAGAAGAGUACAGGGGAGGAAGAGUCUGAGCACAGGAGGUCAAGAUCUCCGCCUAGGCAUGGUGAACAGUACAGCACCAGGGUGGACAGGAAAGAAAAAGAAAGGGCUAGGAGCCCUUCCCCUAAAAAAGGAUACCGACGACAGCAUGCUUCAGGGUAUACUAGAAAGAUCUCCGCCGAGGAGCUAGAGCGUAAGCGUCAGGAAAUGUUGGAAAACGCCAAGUGGCGGGAAGAGGAGAGAGCAAACAAUGUCAGGAAACACCGAAAGGAGGAGGAGCGGGAACAAGAACUGGAGAAACUCCGCUCCCGAGAUGGGAAAUUCCUACACCACAUAAAACUGGAGAGUGCGUCCACUUCCUCUGUAGAAGAUCGGGUCAAACGCAACAUCCACUCCAUCCAGAGAACACCAGCUGCCCUGGAAAAACACUUUAUGCAGAGAUGAAACUUGCUGUCCUCCUGCUGAUAUGCUGGCUCACUAGGGCUUUUUCAGAACAGUUCACAGGACACUUCUUCUCAGAGGGUAGCUGCCCCAUGCACAGAGGGAUUCUCCAACAACCUACACAGACUUCUGCAAAGAUACUUACUCUGUGAAAGGGAGCUGGCCUUCUCUAUAUCAGCACAGAGUUCCUUGGCCUUCUAGCUUUGUGAAUACAUUUGUACCCAGAGUAUUAAAUUGCACCAAGCUGUUUGCUGGA